GUGCGUCGUUGUCGGUGUCUGCGUCCUGUUUUGUGGAGGAGGAGGAGGAGGAAAGUAUCCGCCGUGCCUGCGCAGCCCCGACGGCGAAAACAACAUGGUCGAACUCCUCCUCAUCGUCACACCCUUCCAGCUUGAUCUUGACUUUUUCGUUCGCACGCCGUAUCCGCUCGACCCCCCGUCCCAAAUGUACAUUCCCCUCUUCGAUCCCCUCCAUCAACCGUCUCCUCACGACCCGCACACCCCCCUCAACAACACAAUGCUUCCCCCAUAAACUCGCCGCAGCGUACCGUAGUACUUCUGACGCCGGAAGUCGGAGGGUUGUGGAGUGGGAGCAGGUACAUAUGGCGGAGAAGAGGGGAAAGAGGUAGUUCCGGGAGAACGAGGUAGGGAAGUGAUGGGUUUGAAGAAAGGUGUCGAGGGUUGUGGUUGAUAGGGCCAUCGAGGGGGGUAGGAGGUAGGUGUAUAACGUUGCGAGGAUGGCGAAGUAGAUGAACGUAAGUGAGGUUAUCAGGGUUUCCCAUAUCGACGAAGCGCGAACCCCACGGCGGCCCGAUCCACCCCCGUAGGUUAACCGCACCCCGUUCCCAUCAGAAAACGAAUAACUAAACCGCACCCGCCUCAAUUUCACCCCCAAACUCCGAUACAACCCCAUCAAGCGCGGAUAAUAACCCGACGUUACGGCGCGCAUGGGUACAUCCAC